AUGACUGUUGCAAUGUCUGAAAGUCACAAAAUCCAUUAUUAUGAAAAUGGUGGAGAUAUUUUCCUUAAGGCUGAAGAUACAAUAUUUCUGCUUCAUAAAUCAAUUCUUUCAUUAGCUUCAGAAUUCUUUGAAGAUUUAUUUAAACUCUCAAAACCUUCUUCUAAUGAAAAUGUAAAUAUUAUUGAAGGGACACAUCAAUCAUCAAAUACUUUUGCUACAAUCGAGAUGAAUGGUGAAACUUCUGAAUCAAUCGAAAGAAUGUUAUCAUUCAUUUAUCCAAAUACUUUUAUUGAAAUAACUUGGGAUAAUGUUAAAGAUUUUUUACGAAUUUCGGACAAAUUCAUUAUUAGUAAGCUAACAAAAAGCUGUUCUGUAUUUCUUUUACAACAUUGUCAAGAAGAAGUUUUAUUGUCAUUUACGUUAGCUGAGAGAUACAAUCUUGGUACUUUAUUCAAGGAAUCUUCUAAACUUUUAUUAGAUGAUUUACAAAAAUAUCGUUCAGAACCUAUUUAUGAUGAAUUGUCUGAAAGAACUAAGCUUAAAUUAAUGGAUACUUGGUUUCAUUAUACAAAUUCUUUACAUAAAUACUUUGAAAUUGUUAGCAAAAGAUCGACAAACAAUUCAUUUGGAGAAUUUCUAAAUUCUGAAUCUCCCAAAUUUUUUUUUGAAACCCUCAAAGUUCUCUAA